GCAUGGGCAAACUCGUGAAGAUUUUUCAACAUGAUGAGUACCGACGAUGUGGCCAUUACCGUAAAUCUCCGAAUUCGAAUCAGGGCAAACUCGGGAGAACUCUUGGAAUAAACUCGUACCGUGGGGCAGGAGGUUUACCCCAGCAUUUUGUGUCUAUCAUCAGAGCUAAGAGCUCUUGUUCGAGAUUACAGCGCCUCCCCCUCCUUCCUCCCCGAGCUACGAUGUUCCAACUUGAAUCGUGCCGUGAGUACGUGACCCAGAGUGACCGGCGUUACCAAGUUAAGGAAACACCUCUAUAAUCUUCCGGCAAUCCGCGUCCGCCUUCGCGAAAGGGGGAUUAAAAAGUUAGAGGCAGCAACUUCUGGUGUCUCCUUGCACAGUUGCAGGAACCCGCUCGAAAGGGCGUGGGGCAUUUGGCAGGGAAACGGCAAACCACUCAAAUCCCUUGCAUCACAGACCCAACCUAUUUACGAACUUCCUUCCUUGUGCAGCUGAGAGGCCAAGUGUAUUUAAACCUGAGCUUCAGGGAGAAAUCGGGACCAGAGAGGAAAGGGGGGGCUUCAGAGCGGACCAAGCCUGAAGGGACAGACACAGAGAGUUAGAGAGAGAGAGAGAGAGAGAGAGAGAGAAGAUGAUUGUGGUUUGGGUCGCCCUUUGCGCUUUGGCGUCCACGGCGCUUUCUGAAUCGCAGGACGAGGAAGAGCCGACGCCGGCCGUCUGUGUGGACGGUUUCUGCUACGCUUUGCGGAGGGAGCGCAGGAAGUUUAACAUGGCCCGGAGCGCCUGCAAGAAGGACGGGGGAGACGCGGUGACCGUGCGGACCACGGUGGCGGCCGAUGCCGUCUCGGCGCUGCUGCAGGCGGCCGGCGCUCAGCCCAACUCCCGCUACUGGCUGGGGCUGCAACUCCACCACAAGACGUGCCCCGACAACAGCAGCCUCUUGCGGGGCUACCGCUGGGUGGACGGGGACAGCGACACGACCCACUACACCAACUGGGCUCCGGCGACGGGCUCCACCUGCGGACCCCACUGCGUGGUGGUCUCCAGCGACGAGCUGUGGCUGGAACGGCCGUGCAACGAGAAGACGGACGGGGUGCUGUGCGAAUACCGCUACAACGGCAGCUGCCCCAGCCUGGCCAACCGCACCGCCGUCUACCACCUGCCCUUCGGCUCGCAGGGCUCGGACUUCUCCGCGCUGCCCCCUGGCACCGUGGCCCUGGUCAGCGCGGGCGAGGAGCCGCUGAGAUGCAACGAAAGUCGGGACUGGCUGCCCGUGGGCACGGCUCCUUGGCAAUGCCGGGUGGGGAACGGAGGUUGCCAGCACGUUUGCCACGACGGGCCGCCGCCGGCUUGCAGCUGCCACCCGGGGUACCGGUUGGACGGGGACCAGCGGAGCUGCAGCGAGAUAAGCCCAUGCGAUGGGGUGAGGUGCGAUCAUCGCUGCGAGGUGCGGAACGGCUCGCCGGUCUGCUUCUGCGAUGCCGGCUACCAGCUGGACUCCGACCACAAGGGCUGUUUGGACGUGGACGAGUGUGUGCGGAAUCCCUGCCAACAGACGUGCAAUAACUCAAUGGGGAGCUACACAUGCAGCUGCUCCAGCGGCUACCGGCUGGUCGAGGACGGCAAAUGCAUGGACAUCAACGAGUGCAUGGAAUACAAUCCGUGCCAGUUCGACUCUUGCGGCAACACGCAGGGAAGUUUCACUUGCUCCUGCAAGAGCGGCUUCCAGACGGAUCCUGCGGACCACACCAAGUGCGUCUUCUAUUGCAAAUCCAAGGAGUGCCCGGCCAUAUGCCUCGGUAUCAGCUGUCACUGCCCGCCCGAUUACAUUCUCAACGACGACACGGGGACCUGCCACUACUUUGGGGACAACGACGCUCCAGCCCACCCCUGCAUCCCCACCUCCAGCGGCGCCAAGUGCCAAUGCGAGGACGGCUACCAACCGUCUGAAGACGGGGCCACAUGCGAGAUGGAAGAAAGCUCCGGCUCUCCCCCGUCUGACGGCCCCAUUGCCACCGACGAACCAAAGGGCCUGGCCAGAGCCGGCUUGUCCUUGGCGGUUGUCCUCGGCAGCCUGUUCGCCAUCGCCGUGCUGACUUUGAUCUUCGCCGGGGUGGGACACCACCUGCUCAAGAAAAGGGGCAAUUGGCAGACGUCCACCAAGUACAAGGCGACCAGCCAGGAGCAAGACGUGAAUCUCAGCCAGGUCACCACUGGCGAUGAUCAGAAACUGCGGUACACCAACGACAUUUGCAACGCGGGGACCUGAGGCUAGGUGUGGAGACGAGACUGUUCAGCCCAACUCGAUAGAACGGGAGAGGGGAGGGGGGAGGGGGGGUGGGGGGUGGCAGUCUGGUGGGAUUGAGGGGUAAAUCCAUCAAUGGGCGUUGCGACCCCGCGGCUGGCAGCAGUAAUGGUGUGAGCGCGAAUCCCAUCUCUCAACUCCACUCUGUUCCCAAUGCAUCCCAUUCCCAUUGUAACUCCACAAGUUCCCCAACCCACAGGGCGCUAUUUUUUUUAGCCUGAUGCCAAACCUAAAGGUCGUAUUCGAGUUUUGCUGAUGGUCAGGCGAUGCAGUUGGAUUAAUUGAUGGCAGACAUCCAUGCAAAGCUGACUGUUAAUGGAAAGCUCCCGCACACGAUACAUUCAUCUUGGAUAUUCCUUAGCCAUGAGCCGUUCACCCAGGUAGAAAUCAUUUUUUUUUAAAGUAAACGAUAGGUUGCUCCGAGGAUAAGUAUAUAUAUUUUUCAGCAAAAAAUGUGAAAGCCAAAUUCCAAAGUUCGCGAUGACUACAUCUAUCGAUUAGGUGAUGUUUAUUUAAGCAAUUGUUCCGUUUUAGUUUUUUUAGUCUGGAGAUACAGCGCGGAAACAGGCCCUUCAGCCCACCGCGCCGACCGGCGAUCACCCCGUACACUAGUACUAUCCCACUAAGAAUAAUUUGCAAUCUUUACUGAAGCCACUACAACCCGCACGUUCAACUUGGGAGUGUGGGAGGAAAUCGGAGCACCCGGGGAAAGCCCACACGGUUCACGGGGAGAACGGACAAACUCCGUACAGACAGCAUCCGUGGUCAGGAUCCAACCCGGGUCUCUGGCGUUGUUCAAGGCGGCAACUCAACCGCGACGCCACAUUUGUGAAGGACCGC